AUGUUGAGGAGUGGGGUGUGUGGCACUGGGUCACCGGUUCCGCGGGGCGAGCCACCCGCUCUUGCCUCAACGCACAAUUACGUAAUCGUGCUUGCGUACUGGCUGCACGCGGCUUUACCGGCGCCGGCGCAGCUUGGAGCGCCUUGGUUGGAGAGGACAGGAUUUAACUACAUGAGACUGACCUACUUUAAUAACGAGCUGGUACCAACAGACUAA